GGUAGACAGUAGUGCAGACUGCACAGUGGUAACUGCUGCUGCACAGCUGCAGUGCAGUGUGUAUGCGGCUUUGUAUUGAAUUGAGGGUCGCUGUAAGACGCAACUGUUUUAUUAAGGACAUAUUUUAACUGAAGAAAAUGAAUCUAAUAGUGCUAAAAGAAUGAGCUAGUGCCGAGUUCUUAGCAUUCUGGCUGAGAAAGCAUACAUUAGUGGAAAUCUAUAUUCAGUGAAAUUAAAAUGCAUUUUCUUAAUAAAAAAAAGCAAUAUAUAGCAAUUGGGAUGCUGAUUUUCGUAGCCUUGUUUUUCUUUCACAGCCGACCCGCGUUUCAGUGCCAGAUUGCCCAAGAAACAAUUAAUUCCAAUUUGCCAACAAUUUACGGCAUUACUCCCACCUAUGCGAGAUUAACGCAAAAGGCAGAUUUAACAAGAUUAUCUCAAACCCUGAUGUUAGUCAAGAACAUUCAUUGGAUUGUAAUUGAAGAUUCUGAAACAAAAACUAAGUUAGUCAGUAACUUUUUAAAGGAAUCUACAUUGAAGUAUACACAUCUCAAUGUGAAGACCCAGAAAGCGAAACACUCCACAGCGAGUGGAGUUGAACAAAGAAAUUUAGCUCUAAGCUGGCUUAGAGAACAUUUAAACAAAUCUGAGGAUAAAAGAGGUGUCGUGUACUUCAUGGAUGAUGAUAAUACAUAUGCUUUAAAAGUAUUUGAAGAGAUGCGAAAAAUACAAAAGGUGGGAGUUUGGCCAGUGGGGAUCGUCGGCGGUAUGCGAGUGGAGAUGCCUCUGGUGACAGAUGGAAAAGUGUCAGGCUACAACGCUGUGUGGAAACCGUUCAGACCAUUUCCUAUCGACAUGGCUGGAUUCGCGAUCAACGCUACACUCUUCUUGCAGUUUCCAGAAGCCAAAUUCUCUCGUGGUGUGCAGUCUGGUUUCCAGGAGAGCGAGAUAUUGAAAUACGUCGCAACAAAGGAUGACUUAGAGCCCCUAGCUGAGAACUGUACGAAGGUGUACGUAUGGCACACCCGCACACAAAAACCAUCCAUAUUGAACCCCAAGAAACUGAAGACACCACUGCUCCCAGAUGGACACAUAGAAGUAUAAGUAAGCGAUGUGGUUAGUUUGGCAAUAAUGCUCAAUUUGCAAUGAACGCACGAACGAAAACGAAUGUAAAAGUCUCGAGACUUUUGGCAGAGGCCUUUUGGUUAAGUUAUCACGACUAAUAUUUUAGUCGCCAGAAUAUUAAGUGUUCAGUACUUGAACAUAAACAAAAGAAAUGCUCUUUAAAUAUGUAUCAAUAUAUCUUAAUAGUGAAUAGAAUUACUAGUGCUGUACGUUUGUUUCGGAAUGAAUUUUCUUUCUUAAAGUCUUCGAGAGCUGGAGAACUGGUUUCGUGACUUGUGGAUUGUAUCAUUCCCUCGCUUGAUUCAGUGAUUGAACUAAUUCACAGGUAAAAUUUAGAAAAAUACAGAUUCAGAACUCUACACCUAUUUGGAAUUAUCACAAAAAGACUAUCAAAUGUAGUUCUAGACGUAAAUUAUACGUAUAGUUCGUUUUAAUUUUUAUUAUAAGUAGAAUGAAAUGAAACUAAAUAAUUAAAAUAAUCGAAACUCCGUAUGUGUACUGCCAGAUUACUAUUUUAGUAAUCUGUCGUCAAGUUGGUCAAAGGACGUCUGAGUUUUAAAUUUAAAAAUGUGCUGGCAACAAAAAUCGGAUGAAGUGUAAUUUUUUUAAUAUAAUUUUCAAAAACUGCAUUGAAAAUUUUUUAGAAAAAAUUUCUGAUGUCUGACCACGAUGACAAAAUUUGGAUAAAAAUAACCGUUAAACCUCACUAGACAUCCAAAGCUUUUUCUUAGGACGGUCUUCCAUUGAUACACAAUUAAUAUACUAACAGAGAUUCUCCAAGUGUUACCAUAAUUGAGAUUAUUAUGCUUUUUAAAAAAAACAAUGAAACGCUAACGUUACGAAUUUUUUAAAAAGUAAUAUUAACAAUGAGAUUAUAGAAUACUAAAACAUUUAUCAUAUACUCUCGACUAAAAAAUAAUGUUCCGCGCAGCACACUUAGGCUGAGCUUACACUCAAACUGUGUUAUAUUAACUAGGAUGCCGCAAUCGCUCGUCGUACCGCCUCGUUGAGCCGUAUAUCUGAGCGAAGCGAGGUAAACUAAGUAUGUGUACAAAAACAAAACAAAAUUAAUCUAAAAAAAAAAAACAAUAAAAAGAAUCUUUUGGAAUUAGGCGCCAUAUUUAAACAUGAGGAAUGAGCGCCUCAUUCAAUCAUUAAGAAUCUUGCAGUCGAAUCACUCUCGAUUCAAAGCAGUGUUAUAAAACUUAUUGUGAUUUUAACAAUCGGAUUAAUUUUUUAUAUAAAUAUAAACAGCGCGUUAUUAAUUAUAAUAAUUGAAUUAAGUCGAAAUUCAAAAUUCUGUAUCGACAAUAACAUAGAAAAUUUCGAAAGCUUUCUGUGAGUUCAAAAUUUUUUAAAAUUGGUCCAGAAAAGGCCGAGAAACAAUUUAACACAGAAAUCAAUUGUAGUCAUCCGGUGGGAGCUUCGCUUCGCUUCGCUCAAAUAAACGCGAAAUAAAGUCAAUCCAAAUUUAAAUCUUUUGUUUAGGUUUCCGUAGCCAAAUGGAAAAACACGGAACCCUUAUAGAUUAACCCCAUGAACAAAUUGUCUUAAAUUUUAGCGUAAUAUUUAUGAAGUUAUCUUUCAACGCAUAAAAUACUUCAAAAGUGGACCAACACUUAAUAAUUUAUAAGGAAAACUAUUUUUUUUCAUUAAAGAAUUUUAUUACGGUGUGUAGUUAAAUAAACAUUAUUUACUUUUUAUUACAUUGUACUUGACUAUAGUAGGUAUAACGUAUGACGUUUAUAAAUGAUCAAUCAACCUACGUUUAAUUAACAGCCCUUGUUUUAUAUUUACCUUGUUUUUUAUAUUUACUGUAAGGUUUUUCCAUCAAAUCCUUCUCGAACAAUUCGAACAAAACUUGAUUGUAGAAGAAAUAGUUCAUACAAUUGUUCUUAUUCAAUUUACCACGUUUAACAAUAAUUUUUGUAUCAUUAAUUAUAUAAAAUAUAACUAUUUAAGAUAGAUAUUCAAUUUAAAAUAAGCCCAGGGAAUUGGUGGAGGAUAGGCAUAAUAUUGUAUCGAAAACAUUAACAGAAAAACCUAUUAAAAGGCCUAAAAUGUGUUUGUCAUGCCCUAUUUAAGGGUAGUCAAUAUCUUUAAUAUUUUAUGUGUUGUUGGCGUGAAGUAACACAAAAGAAGCAAAAAAAAACAGUUUUUGUAACACAAGAACAAACAUUAUUGACUUAUUUGUCUUUCUAUAAUGCGUAAGUAAUCUUCGCUCAUAAUAAACAGACAUGGCAGUACUGCAUGCAAAAUGAGUAUUAAACUACAGAGACAUACCCCCUUAUUCAUAAUAGUCUGCUAACUUACAGCAUUGCUAAUUCUCACACUGUCUUCUUCUAUUGACCUAAGUCAGAAUGAGAAAAAACAUUCCUUAGCGGCUGUUUUAAGUUAGCGGACCAUUAUGAAUAAGGGGGAAAAUCUUUAGGUGAAUCGAAGAGCUAUAAUAACUUGCUAACUGUACUGUUCUACGCAAGUGCGAGCCGCCAUUUUGAUUAUUUUUUUAAUCGACUAGACUAGUAAUUUUCCUUGAAGUCAGUAAGUCUUAUUGGUUCUAAUAUUUAGUCUCAAAGAACACCUAAAAUCAAACCCAUGUAACAGAUAACAGCCCUGUUUUUAGUUUGUUUAUUUUUCAUAACAAUGACUGCAGUUAUGAAACCAACUUAGCAUUCCAUGGAUUCGUAAGAGUCCAUCUUGUGGCAGAAUACCCCAAACUGUUCCCCAGACUUGUGAUUUACAGCAUUCAUCUUGACUGUGUUGCUCUCCAAGCCUGGCCCAAUUUAAUAAGAACCUGUUAGUGCAGAUCUUGUUAUUCUAGAAAAGAAAUGUAGGGCCGGUCAGUAUUAUUGGGUUUUUCAAGAAUCUUGAGCGGCACUAAAAAAGAAACAUAGCUGUCUCAAUUAAGCCGUUUGCUAGUUCAUAGUACUUGCUUUCUUUUAUUGCGGUGGCUUUUAUUAUGGUUCUUCGGUGUAUUUGUUUCCCAUGGAACUGUAUUUUCUGAAAGUAUUAUACGUUUUUCUACUUUUUAAUGUUAGGUCUGGAUAAAGAAGCACCUCUGGGAUAAAAUUUAAAAUAAACCAUGAAAAAAAAGUUGGUAAA